AUGCCCUCCUUCGAGGAGCUUCGAAGGAAACUGGCGCAUUUCUACUCGGCGAGGACGGUGGACACUGGCCUUGGUGCUGAAAUCCAUACGGUCACUUUCCAACCCCUUCGCAAGCGAGCUAAUCAGGAUCGUUUGGUGAUGCACCAGUUGAACAUACAUGGUCAGGAGUGGCUGUUAUUAGCGGUCUGCGACGGCCAUGGUGGAGCAACAACUGCGAAAUAUACCGCCUCCCAUUUACCUAGUCGUAUCCUUUCAGCACUUCAGCAUAUUACAGACACCCACAUGGAAGGCCGGCCGGAUAGGGAGAGCGUCCUUGAGAAGUUCGACUUCAUCUCUUCAGAGCUCGCGCGAUGUAUCAAGGACUUCGAUCGUGAGCUUGGUUACGUCGUGCAGACGGUCUGCCCGGCCCCCAGCCAGCUGUCUGCCAAACAGGCCCGCCGCAUAGUCUGGGAGUACCCGGACGCACUACAACGUGCAUAUGCAGGUACGACCCUCGCAGCCGCCGUCGUGAAUCUCCACCAUAGGUUCAUGUGGACGAUGAAUGUCGGCGACUCCACAUUAGCAUUGUCAACUGUAGACGAUAAUGGUAAACGGUCGGCUCAUGAGCUAUGCGUACGACAUUCACCAGAGCGCGAUGACACCCUGAAGGACCACGCUGGAGAGGCAAUAAUACAGCAUGGUCGCGUGCUAGGCUCACUUGCAGUGACACGGGCGAUUGGAGAUUUUGCCUUCAAGCUACCGGUAGACUAUUCCUACCGCCUGUUCCGACUUCUCUCUGCCGAAUUUGGCACUCAGACCUUGAGGGAUAGCGUCCUGGAACGCAUACGAUCUCCGCCGUAUAUCACAGCAGACCCUUUCGUACAAUUUAUCGACCUCGAGGCCUUCUGGGAGCAGCAACCGGUCCUUAUGAUCUUCACGGACGGCGUCGACAAACUACUCAACAGAUCUCGAUACUACUUCAACGCUUGGAGUAAGCCAAGGGACAUCAUCGAGCCUGCCCGUGCCGUUGCCGUCCUACUGCAAGACGAUGUGGACAAGAGCGUUGAGGAACUGCUCGGGUUCUCCGUCGAUCCUCGGUGGAGCGGCGAUCUGCAUAACCGGGCUCUGGACGUUCUGGGAAAUCUUGUCGGAGGGACCGACACACGAAUAUUGCAAAUGGUCAUGGACCAGGACCUAUUAGCAGAUCGGACUGCAUACCCUAGCCUUCACAUUGACGAUACGUCCAUUGUCAUCUGCUCCUUCGCAGACCCGCCUUCUCCAUCACAGACGUCAUAG